AUGGCGUCCCAGUCCUCAUCUCUUACCGCGUCAAGGCGGCUCAUGACAGAGUUCAAAAAAUACAGGAAGGAAGGGGAGAAUGAAACAUUCCUGUACCUCCGUCCCGUUGAUGAAGACGACAUACUACGAUGGGAAGCUGUAUUGAAGGGCCCAGAUGGAUCACCAUACGAGGGUGGACUGUGGCACCUUAGUAUUACAGUUCCGCCCAAGUACCCUAAUGCGCCGCCGACCAUCCUCUUCACGACCAAGAUCGUGCACCCUAAUAUCCACUUCGAAACGGGCAAGAUCUGUUUGUCUCUCUUGGAUGAGGAUGAGCACUGGACUCCGACUGAAACUCUCAAGACCACACUCGCGUCUAUUCAGUGGCUGUUGAAGGACCCGAAUCCGGAUUCGCCGCUGAAUGUUGACGUCGCAGUUCUAUUGCGCCAAGGGGAUUUAGCUGGUUAUGAGAGUGUUGUCCGUUACUUGACUGAGGAGCAACGGUGGGAGGAAGGUCGGAAUGCUGGACGGUGA